GUGUGUGUGUGUGAAAUAGAAAGAGAAAGAGAAAGACAAAAAGAAAGAGAGAGAGAGACGCAGCCAUGGAUCCCCAUCGUUGGAUAUUAUAAUUUACCCUUAGUUAGUCCUAUCCAUUUCUCCUUCAGGCUUCAACUUGACGGAAAAUGAAAGGAGAGGUUGGCGAGAGAGGAGAAGUUUCGGGCUUUGCGUGCCUAUAGAUCUCUCUCAAGGGUCUCUGUUCUUGAGAUUUGAGGCAUGGACACACACUCUUUUUGAUUGAUUUUCAUUGCUUGGCGACAAUUGCUCCAAGAUCACUAUCCCUGCUUCCUGCGUUUCGAAAGAGAUUCGACAAAUCACUUGGGCCUAGAAUUCAAUUCUUUGGUUGUAAAAGACGAAGCGUGAGUCGGUCAAUGGAAGAUGUUUGUGGUUUCCUCCACACUUCUAAUUGUUUCUUAGAUGGUUAUUUCCAAGUAAGAAUCCCCAUCGAUGUGGAAAAAUAUCAGUGACCGGGAGGACUAAAACUCCAAGGCCAUGGAUUGCUCUUAUGAGGCAUUGAACGGGGAUGAACCGGCUGAACCUGGGCGCAAGAUUAUCAGACAGUCCCCUUACCAAGCCUGCAGCAAACUAUUCUCUCCUUGGUUUGAUCUGAGGGUCUUCUAUGUGAGGAUCAGCAAUUGUGAGGUUGACAAUUCAACCCCUGAAUAUCUCACACUCAGCCAUAUCCCGCUGAACCCAGAUACUCUCCUUGAAGUUAACGGUGUGAGAAGUAGCAUCUACACGGAAGGUGUCUCCUCCAAACUUAGAAGGGAUCGAGUUGAUAAGAAAUCUGAGGAAGUCACAUUUGUGAGCACAGAUAGUAUAAGGAUGACUGGGAGUGUGAAAUUUGAUGUUUAUGACAAAGACGAUCUCAUAAUCUCCGGGGUUUUGGAGAUGUCUAAUGGCAAUGGCUUUACUGGAGAAUCAAAAAACCAUUGCAAGGGAUGGAACAUGACUUGUGAAUCAUAUGUGGUUGCGGGCAAUGGUUUCUUUAAGGGGAAGCAACACAUGGGUCCUGAAUUACCUUCGCCAACCAUUGAGGUUUACGUAGCGGGUUGUUUCUCGGGCACUCCAAUCAUCUUGACAAAAACCCUGCAGCUUUGCUUUCGAAAGAAGCACGCUAGGAAGGGGAUGUUGAAUUCAAUCCCAGAAUAUGAGACAACUGAGUGCAAGAAAGAUGAUCCUUCUGAACUUGACUACCAGAUGGCAGAAUACCGCUACAGACCAGAGAGCUUAGAAGAGUAUAACCAUCUGUACUCGGGGGAAGAUUACAUGGAAAGUGAUGAAGGUGAGCUCUCAUGGUUCAAUGCUGGUGUGAGGGUAGGUGUUGGAAUUGGGCUCGGCAUUUGUCUGGGACUUGGAAUAGGAGUAGGUGUGCUGGUCCGUACAUACCAAGCAACCACCAGAACCUUCAAAAGGCGCCUUGUGUAAACCACACUUGAUUUCUUCAUUCAAUUUCAUUCUACUACCUCCAGCCCUACGUCCCCCACCCCCACUCCCACUCCCCGAAAUGAAAAAGAGGAAUCUAACUUAUUUAUGUUCCUGUCUUCCUGACAUGUAUCCCCACUUUGAAAUGGUUAAUAAUAAGUACCUGAUAUAGUCCUUGGUUGCUUCGUAUGUUUUUGUGAAAUGAUGUAUUUAUAUAAACAAGGCUAUGAUAAUGACGAAAUUUUGUUGAUGGAA